AUGUUUAAGUCAUCAGUUCUCAAUCUUCAAGAAGCUACAUCAGAACAAGUCCAAGAAUUUUUAAACUCUUUUGAUACAGUUUUAAGUGAUUGUGAUGGGGUACUGUGGAUUAACAAUAAUGCAAUUCCGGGAUCUGCUGAAGCUAUGAACUACUUCCGUAAAUUAGGAAAAAGAAUAUUUUAUGUUACCAAUAAUUCUACUAAAAUUCGUAGCGACUUUGCUGUAAAAGCUCAACAGCUUGGCUUUAUUGCGGAACAGGAAGAAAUACUUUCUACAGCCUACUUAGUAGCACAUUACCUAAAAGGCAUCGGAUUUAGAAAAAAAGUAUAUUUAUUAGGCUCAAAUGGUAUUGGUGAUGAAUUAAAAGCUGUUGGAAUUCGACACACUGGUGUAGGCCCUGACCAUGUUAAAACAGACUUUAAAUCUAUGACUACUGAAGACUUAGAUCCUGAAGUAGGAGCAGUGGUUGUUGGUUUUGAUGAGCAUCUAAGUUACCCUAAGUUAAUGAAAGCUGCUUCAUAUCUUGCUAAUGAGGAAUGCUUAUUUAUAGCUACUAAUACUGAUGAAAGGUUUCCAAAAUCCAGUUCGAUUAUUAUACCAGGCACAGGAACCCUAGUACGAGCUGUUGAAACUUGUUCUGAAAGAAAAGCUUUAGUACUUGGCAAACCCAAUGACUAUAUAACAAAAUUUCUUGAAUCAUUUGGAUUAGAUCCAGCCAGGACUUUGAUGAUUGGAGACAGAUGUAACACUGACAUUGCAUUUGGUGUCAGGUGUGGUUUUCAAACUCUUCUUGUCAUGACUGGAGUAACUUCUGAAAAAGACUUGGAGAAAAUAAGAAAUGAGCAAAGACCUCCCCUUCCUGAUGUUGUUUUGCCCAAGUUAGGAGAUAUAUUAAAUUUAACUUCA